AUGAAAUUUAAAUUUACUCUCCUUACAUCAUGGACACUAUUACCAACGUCCAUACCAAAUACUGAUUGUGAAGAUAAUGAAGCAAUAUUAUUUGCACAAUACUUAACUGAAUAUACAGAGAAUAAAUAUGGUUUAAAUGUAUUUUGGCCAAGACAACGUGGUGAAGCAUUUUUGCAUAAUUCAUUCAAUUCAUUUGAAGAGAGAUUUUUAACACAUUCUGAAUAUGCAUUACUCAUUGUAUCUGGUCAAAAUGCAUCAUGUUUAAAUUGUAUUUAUCCAAGAUUUCUUGUAUUUUUAACAGCUAAAAAAUCAUGGACUGAGAGAAUUUUAAUAAUUUUUUUAAAACAACCAACAUAUUUAGUAAAUUUCGAUUUAAGUUUAUUAAAACAUCCACCAAUUUUAUUCAAUGAUGAUUCAACUAAUCAGUGGAUUCAUGAUCAAGAAUCAUGGAUGAAAGUAGCAGAACUAAUAAAAAAUAGAUAUAUUCCGUCAGUUAAUGAUAAUUUAUCAAGAUAUCUAUUUACGCCCAGAGAAUAUUACAUUAGUCGAUGGAUGUCUGUCACGGAUCUACGUGGACAACCAUUAGCUGUAAGAAUAACUAGUACUGGUCAAAGUGACUCGACUCCAACGAGCUGGUCUGAUCUCAGUGGUAUUGAACCAAUCAACGGAAUAAAAUGUGUUUUAGACCCGAUAUAUCCUAUUGGACAACGUCUAAGCCAAUCAGCAUCUGUGUUUGAACAUUCACCCAUACAAACUCGUGACAUUACGCCUAAUCUACAUUUGCAUGUAAACAAUUUUAAUCGUAUUAGAAGAGUUAGUUCAAGAUGUUUUACACGAAAGCAUCAAUACAAUACAGUAUUUGGAUUAGAUCCUUGUUGGUCAACUUUAUCUGGAAGUCAAUUAAACGUUAUUAACAAUAAUAGUGGAGUUAAAUGUCAAAUUGAAGAAACAUCACAUUAUGAAAAUUUAUUGGAAAAACGUAGUAAACAUAACAUUGAAAUCGACCUUAUUUGUAAAGAAAGUCAAAUGUGUAUUCCGCAAAAACAAUCGAAAAUUAAAUCGUGUGAAUUUCUAAAUGAAUCUAUAUUGUCUUGUAAAUUAUCGAACCGUAUUAAUAAAUCAACCGGUGUUAUCAAUGAUGGCUCAGAGUACAGUAAUGUCAUUACAUCAAAUCAUACAAUAAAACAUCAUCAAAGAAAGGUUAAAUUGUCACCUAAAAAACAUUUCCUAUUCAAAGAACUAGAUCAUAUCUGUAUACCAUCAAAAAAGUUUAUAAAACUAUUUAAAUUCAAACGUAAAAAAGAUGCUCAUUCUAUUAGUGAGAAAUUUGGAACACAAUCACAAUUAGAACUAGCUAAAUCUGUAAAAACCUUAUAUGAUGUUGGACAAAGUUUACUUGAAAAUUCAGGAGAUAGUGUAAGUAAUCUGAACAUACUUGAAAUUCAACAACAACCAUCAUGUUCAUACAGUACUACUGAUAAAUUUAAUCUAAGUUGUUUAAGUAUCCACGUAGAUGUGGAGGAACAACCUAUCAAAGAUACAAACAAUGAUGAUAUUUUUCACCAGUCACAAUGUUUACAAGUCACACCGACUCAAUCAGCGGACUUCUCUGACUCUGGAUUAUGGAGUAUGAGUCAAAUGGCUACUGAAGAUUGUACUAAUUCACUACAACAACAUCUCAUAUCAUGUUCAGAGAGUCCAGUAUUCCAUUAUUACACCAAUAGUGACAAUAAUGAUUAUAAUAAUAGUGAUCAAACAAAUGAGAUACGAUUACAGAAAUCAAUCACAAGUCCAACAAAUGAAUCAAAGUUUGCAGAGAUAAGACUAUCACCAUGGUCAUCGUUAGAAAUAGGAGAUGGUCAACGGAGUAAAGAAUUCAAAUUAGAAAAAUCAAAUCAACCUACUGAUGCUACUACUACUAUUACUACUACUAAUAAUAAUAAUAAGACCAAUACUACAACUAAUAUAUCAAAUGAACAUGGAUUAACUUGUAUUCCUUUGAACCAAAAAGCCGGUGUGCAAAAUGAUACAUUUUUAUUAUUAAACUGUAAUUCUGAACAAUUCGUUAAAGAUCAACUAUCAAGUCCUUCAGUUAGUAAUAUAAACGAACUUAGAACAAGUGAAGCUUUAAAAUUAUGUAAUAAUGAUAAUAAUAAAAAUGUAACUCACAACUUUAAUGGUCCUGUGAAAAGCCAAAUGUCUUGUACACUGAAUUUGAAGCCUUUUUGUUCAAAUUCAACCUCUUUCGAAGAGAGUAAAAAUGAUAAUGAAUCAUUACACUCUCGUAUUUCGAAAUCAAAACAAAAUUCUCCUCAAGAAAAUUAUGUUUCGUCAAUUUAUCUUUCGAAAACACAUAAUAAUAAUAGUGACAACGCAUCCUCUAAAGAUUUUACACAGCUUUCGACUUUUCAACAAAAUUCAGUAAUUUCGCGAAUUGUGCAAAAUAAUAGUAUGUUGUCAGAGUAUAGUUUACCUUAUAGAAUAUCUACAACAUAUGAUGUAAUUCAGAUAUUCCCUACUACAAAAAUAUAUGAUAUAAAUAAUAAAUCUGAAAAUAAUUUGUCCACUGUGAAAGUUACUGAUUAUAAACGAUCUAUCGGCACUCAUUUAAUAAACAAUAAUGGUAGUUUGAAUGUGGAUCCCCUUCAAAUAAAUCAAGAUAUCAAAGGGAUUAUGAUAUACCCUACAUUAGAACAACAAAAUCCCUACUCUAAUGAAUCAACUCCGUUGAAUACAGAUCAAAUGAUGAUGAUCAAUUCACAAAUAGAAAUUAACGUUAACUCUUCCAAGGACUUAUCAUUAAUUAGUGUAGAAUGUGAGAAUAAUUCGACAUUUGAUUCAGAUAUUAGACAAAAUAUGAAUCCCUGCGUUAUAAACAACAUACAAACUUUAAAAAAGUCGUUGAUGGAGUCAGAAUGUACAACUCACUUGCCAAUAUCAUUGAGUACUGAUACAUCUGAAAAUAACCAUUAUUUAAAUAAAAGUUUCAUUCAGUCACUGGACAAUAAUGCAGAAAACCCUGAAUACCUUAACGUUGUUACUGGCCAUCAAACUAACCAAUUACAAGUUACAAACAAAUGUUUGCCAAAGCAGCCCAAUGAACAAUUGACAACGACGCGAAUUAUUGAGGAUAUCACAGAAUUAUCGUCCGCCCACGUUUCUACAUUAUUCAACCAACAAAAGAGGGAUCCAUUAAUUAUUCCUGAUCAUGCACAUGAUGUACACAUAGAUGAACGAUUAAGUGUCGGUUCACUUAACGGGUCCAUCAGUGACCAAUUAGCGAAUGAUCACUCAGUGCCGUCAACCCAGGUGAAACAAAUCUUUUCAUCUAUUACGGAAACAUCACAUGAAGAUAUGAAACCAUUAUAUUCGAAAUCAGAUUUGAAUAAUACCCGGACCUUGAAUGACAAUUAUUUGUUGGAUAAUUCAUGUCAAAAUUGGAUGAUGGCGUUAUCAAAUGAGCUUACCAAUAGGAUAGAUGAUUCAUCGGAAACGAAAUAUGAUUUUGGUCAACUAACCAAAGGAAUGUCAAAUGACAGCAAAAAACUGUCCACUGAUCUUGAAAUCAACAAAUUACCAACCGAGAAGAAGGUUUCUUCAGACGAAAUAAGUCAGUCGUUGACAAUUUUACAACCCCAUAAUGAAAACGUAGAAGUUUCAUGCAAUAAGCUUCAUACACCUACUAAAUGUCACAACAGAAAGUUUUCCUUGAACGAGGAGGAUAUUUCCAUUGAUGUCAGCUCGACCAAAGGUGACCAUUUACAAGAUCCACAUAAUGAACUGACUAAUAGUGAGCAACCCUUUGUGACUAGUACCGCUGAAUCGAUAUCUUCAAAUGUUAAUACAUAUUAUACGGGUGGAACGAAUUUCUACGUUACUGAACCGUUAUAUGAGAAUACCACAAUCGAUUUGACAAACCUAACUCAGUCAGUAAGAAAAUUAUCUAUUAGCCCUGAUAGUCUCAAUAAUAAUGUACUGGAUAUCGACGCUCAGUUCAAUAAAGUCAUUAAAACAGAGAAUGGUCUUAUUGACUCUCGAGUUAAGGAUGUUUUGCAAAAGUGUUCGUUAGAGGACAUGAACACUUUGCCAACUAUAAUUAACACAGUAAGUUCUUCAUCCAUACAAGUUCCAUUAUUAAUCAAAAAUAAGCCUGUAAAUUGUUUAAUUAACAAUAUCAUAUUAAAUGAAGACAGUUUAACUGCAGAAAUGAAAUUAUUAACCACACUAAAUAAAUUGCUGAGUGAUUACACGAUUACCGACUAUCCACUCGAAGAGAAGAAUACAUCGAGUCUGUUGUCAUCUUCAAAUACAAAUAACUAUUCUAGACUGAAGAUGGAUCAUGAAACUAAGAAUCAUUUCAAAAAACCAUUUUUUGACGUGCCUUUAGAAAAACAGUUUCACCAUGGAGAUCUUGAGAACAUCACUGCACCCAGCAACAAAAGACAUAAUGACAGCUUACAAACUACUAGUAAUGAUUUUGUUCCACCGAAAAAUUCAGGUGAAUUCCACGAGUUAGAACAAACUAUUGAAGACACUCCAGAUUAUAAUGAUAACGAAUAUUAUCCAAAUACAUUGACCUCGUCUGAUAAUCCCAUGACAAUAGAACCUAUUACAACUACAGGUACUACCGUUGCUCAAUCUCCAAACCAAUCUACUACAAAUUCAAGUUCAUUAUCAAAUGUAAAUGAUAAUCUUGGAAAUGAUACUUUCACAGAACACUCUUCAUUAUUUCCCAUUGAUUCAGUAAAACAGUUUAACGUUUUGAAAGUAUCAAUACCAGAUAAUACAGACGGUUCAAUAUUCAAAAAAUCUGUCAGUAUGAUUCAUAAGGAAACUAGAGAUAAUGCUGGACGGUUGAUUAGUCUGCUCGAAAAGGAUACAAAAUCUGCUAAUCAGUUAGAUUUAACAUCCAAGGAUGUAUUUAUCGAAAAUAAACAUACAUGUACAGUCCCAUUGAUUGCAUCUCAUCAUGAAGAGGACUGUCAUCAACCACGUAGCAUCGACUUGUCUGAGAAAACUGUUAACUUACUAGGAUUUGAUGACUCUUUCUUAACUGGAUUACCACAAGCAACUGACGAAGAUUUACUUUGGACCAAAAUUAACCAUUUGCAGUAUCCACAUGACCAGAGAACUAAUAGUGAGAAGUCGUUUAUGAAUACUGCCGCUGCAUCAUUAUCUUCAAAUGUAAACAAAUAUUGUUCGGACGGAACGAGUCUCAGUGUUAUCGAGCCUCUAAGUGAAAAUUGCUUAAUCGAUGUAAAGAAAUUAAUUCAACCUAUUCAUAAUAAUAAUACAUUCAAUACUGACACUCGAUCCGAGUUUACUAGUCAGUUAGAUGUGACAUAUAAAGAUGAAUUUAUUGAGGAUAAUCAUGCAUGUACAAUUUUAUUGAUCACAGCCUAUAAAGAAGAGGACUAUGGUCCGAUGUAUGGCAUCAAUUCGCCUUCAAAAGCGGUUGAUUCACUAGGAAUUGAAAACUCUUCAUUAUCUAGAUUACUUGAAAGAAAUGCUGACAACGAUAACGAUUAUAUGGCUAGUGAUGCUACUACUACUACUACUCCAAGUGUUGCUCCUAAUGAUGACACUGUACCACAUGAUUUAAUUAUAUCUCCUACAUUUACCGAUAAAACAAAUAUAUUAUUAUCUAGUGAUAUUUCAGAUAAUAUUGAACUUAAGUUUGACAACAGUUUAUCUUCACUACCACCUAGUCGAGAUAGUGAACAUUCAGUGAAUAAUUCACUAAAUAAUUCCUUGGAGUUAGAUUUCAGGUCAACAAUAAAUAAACUGUAUUCUUUAAUGCAAUAUGAAUAUGAGUUUACCGAUAACAAUAAUAAUUAUUGGAUUGAUCCUGGUAGUUUAAACGAAGAUGUUGAAACUAUAGCACAGCCAAUGAGAUCGAUUGCAACUGAAAACUCUUUAGAACAGCCAGAAUGUACAUUUAGUAUUUAUAAUACACCAUCACAACAGUUAUCAGUAGUACCAACAGCAGCAGCAGCAACAACAACAACAACAACAACAACAUUAACAGCAAUACAAAAUCCGGUUCAUCCAAUCAAUGAGAUUUAUAUUGAUGAAGACUAUAUUGCUCAUUUGUCAUUAGAUGAUAAAAAUACGAAAGGUAUUCUGGAACCUAAGAUUGAUAAAAAUAAUGAAGAACACAAAUCAAAUCAACGUUUUAAAUUCACUUCAGGAGCUUACAAUCUUUUUACUUCAGUUUUCAAUUUGGGUGCUUCUUUGAUUACGACUGGCCAAAUGAAUGAAUUAUGUCUAUCCUUUGAAUGGAUGCUUAUGGAAAGUUUUGUAAUAUACAUAACAGACAGUGGUCCAACGAUACUUGAUUUUCAAUAUUAUUAUGAUAUUUUCUAGCAAUCAAAAAACUUAUGUUAGAUGCAUGUUGUAAAUUCAUUCUGAGAUACUGGAAUGGAUGUAAAUACUUUCAAUUCAGGAAUUGAAAAGAUAUCUCUGUGUAACUUGUUUUUUUGCAACUGUGGAAAAUAUUACUACUUAAUUACGUGUGUUCACAGUUUUCAUAAGAUGAAUGAUAACUGGCAUUAGGCUUUAGGAUAACACAUGAAUAGGUAGAAAUUUACCAUAAACUGCUUUCAAUUAGCUCCGUAGUGUAAUAAAUAAUUACCAACCAACACAAGAUAUUCCGAAUACCACAGUCAAAAGCCCCAUCUAAAGGUCACCAGGAAGCUUUACCAAUUUUGAUACAGAAUGAAAACAUUGUAAUCCUCCGACCUGACAGAGGCUGUGGUAUAGUGAUGUGUGCGAAUCAAGUAAAUGUGAUCCUAAAUAUUUCUAUAAGAUUGAUUAUUGACCAUUCGGAGGAAGAUAUGACUGAGGCAGCAGAACAACGUGUUACAAAGAAAUUAAAAAAGCUUCUAAAAAGGAAACUGAGUGAUAAUAUCAUAUGUAAUCAGUUGAAACCUGGAGGAUCCGGGUUACCUGAUUUGUAUGGAAUACUAAAAAAUGAAUCUGAUGUUCCUGUCAGACCAUUAUUAUCAAUGAUUAAUUCUCCAUUUCACACUUUUGCUCGUUGUUUGGUCAGUAAAUUAGAACCAAUCUGUUCAAAGCUAUCUGUUCACAGAUCAAAAGACACCUUUCAAUUCACUCAACUUCUAGAAAAAAGUGGACCUUUCUGAUAAAUUCAUGAUUUCUUUUGGUGCAUCAUAAUUAUUUGCCAUUAACCCAUUGGAAUAAACUAUGCAAAUAAUAUAUCAACACGCUGACCUACUCGUUCUACAAGAGGAUGAAUUUGAAUAGCUUCUGCCAAUGUGUAUCAAUGAUAUUCGAUUUCCGUUUAAUAACCUCUUAUAUCGUCAGAUUGAUGAAUCGGCUAUCGGUAGCCUACUUGGUCUGAUCCUGGCAGAUUUCUUUAUGAGAAACCCAGAACAGAUAGUAGCGAAAUCAGUAAUCAAUGAUACAUCGUUGUACGUUAAGUAUGUUGAUGACACAUUUUGUGGACUGUAAUGAUUAUCAGCAUGCUUCUCAUAUACUGAAAAUCUUCAGUGUGGCAAACGCAAAUAUUAGGUUUACAGUGGAACAUGAACGUGAUAAUGUGCUUCAUUUUUUAGACCUUGGUAUGAAGCGUAAUACAAAUAGUCGAUUGGAGAGAAAUAUUUAUCGAAAGGACACAUGGAGUGGACUAUGCUCAAACUUCGAUAGCUUCUAAAUUCACUUGGUGUUAUUUACUUGUAUCUUCCUAUUGUUAUUUGGGACUGCAAUUGAUUAGUCUCUUGUUGGCAUAUGUGUAUCCUGCGCGGAUUGCCUCAAUAUAGCCUUAAAUCACGAAAUUUUUAAGCAAUGAUGGAUAGUGGUUAGCAGUGCAACUCAGUUUGAUGCGCGUUUCGUCCUAUUUGGGACUCGUCAGUUGGAUGUACCUGCAUCCCAGAGUUGAUGUUCAUUCCAGGACUCGGGACUCCAACCCAAUACCAUUUGCUUCAGGUGCCAUCGCGUUAUCCACUUAGAUGUCAUUUAGACAAUGACUUUAACUAACUAAUAAAACGUCUUGGUUUAUCUAUAUCUAAUUGUGUUCUAUCAAUUUAUAAAUAUUCUCUUAUGCUAAUUAACAUAAAGCAUUAAAAUAGAUAAUUAUCACAUUAAAAAAUCACUGUGCAUAAAAAGAAAAUAAUCAUUAAAAUUUCAUAUCUAGGGAAAUAAUCAUUGAUUAGUUCAAUAUGUGAAUAAAAUAAGUACAUAAAUAGUUAAAUUUUAAACGAAAGAUAAAAGAAUGUUGUUUUUGUUCGUUUGUUUUAAAUCAUAUAGACAAGCUAAUAAAGUGCAUCUGAACAACGUAGUCAAAUGGAUAACAAACCAAUCAAUGAUUGACUGCAUUCUCAUUUUCUCUUGAUUGGGACAGUGUAGUUGAAGUUUGAAUUUCAAUGCAGAUUUCAGUUGAAAUUUAAACUAUCUAUCCUUAUACAUAGGAUUAUUGAUGAUUAAUAAGUGAUGGGUAGCUUUUGCAUUCAAGCAGUCCAUCUCCUUGACUCUAUGCAGAAUCAUAAUGAAACUAAACUCUAUAAGACAUGUAGCAAAUUGAGGAUAGUAUAUUUCAAAGAGUACUUGAGAUUGAGAAGAAUUUCUCAAAAAGUUUCUUUUGAGAAGCUAUGACUCAUGCAGUUAACCAAACCCUGAGUUUACCUUAUAUGGAUGUAUGGGUUUACGUUACAAAAAAGUCCAAGAGUAGGGUGAAACAUCUCUUUAUUGAGUGGUCUUCCAAGAUUCUCAAUCAAUCUUGAUGAUAAAUACCAUUGAAUUCAUCAAAUUUACACAAACUACCUAAUAAGAUAAACUUUAUAAUCAGUCUUUCAUAAAGUAUGUACUGUCUUUUGUUUUGAUAGGUGAUCAUUUAGCAGUUUGAUUACUGGUAUUUUUUUCAUGAAUAACGUUUCAAAAUAAUUCAAUGAGUAACAAACAUUUAAAAUAAAGAACGUCACGAAUAAUGAUUGCUCAGACAUUCAAUAUUUCAGCCCGCUUGGUAACUUAUUAAUUAUUAAGUACGUGAGAUAUCUCUCGGUCAGCCGAAGGAUAGGUAUUCUGAGCAGCAGUUUGUUCUAUUCUACAUUAUGUCAGUUAAGCUUGACCUUUUAAAAAAAGGAUGUUCAUAGGUUACUAGUACUCGAUCACAGGUGUCUUCGAAGCUUUGUUUGAGUACACUAGGACCAGUGAGUGAGAAAUGUUGGAGUCAGGUAUAAGAUGCCAAGCAAAAAUGACAAGUCGGUUGAUGAGGUAGUGAUUUCUCAUCGGCUAGGUUGGUUGAGACAUGUAUCAAGCACGUCCAACCACUAGCUACUUCAACGUGUGAUGUUCGAUGCUACAGGAGCAGGUUAGAAAAAAGCAAGGGGUGGGUAAAUCAAAACGUGGCAUUAGUCUAUGCAGUCAUUGACUACUAGUUUUAAUCGUGUUGGUAGGUUACAUUAUAUGUCUUGUGAAAAAAAUUUGUUGUUGGGCUUUGUUUCCUCCUAUGGUGUUAAAUAGUUGAUGAUGGAAUCAAGACAUCUAAUAUCCUGAAGUAUUAGAAAUUAACAGUGAAGUAAUUUUAGGUAAAUGACUAAAAAUCAACCACGUUACAGCGGUUACACUUGUUCGUUAUGUUUAUUAUUUCUCAACGCUUUAUUUAAUUUGCUCCUCCUCUCGUCUAUCGAUGAGUUCAUUUCCAAUGGUAUCAAUACACGAACAUCAAUUAGCAGUAAAAUGACACUUCCUGUUAUUAAUUAUAUUAAUUAAUCUUAUGAAUACAAAUUCGAUCGCUGAAAUUCCAAAAUUCUGGAUCUCGAAGGUUCGGAAAGUUCCAGUAAAUUUCUGGAAACUUGGUAUUUAGGCGAAUUUCUAGUUAAUAGACACGUCAAUAUGAAUGCUAUUUAAUGAUAAACGUGCAAAUUAUCAACCAAUGAAUUGACCAGAGGUCAGCUGAACAAAGCAGUCAACAAGAAUCUUAAAACAAACGAAGUGAGUAAGACAUUCGACGAUAGCCAUUUACAGAAAAGAUCAUUACAAAAGGUUGAUUCCGAACUUGUGGAAUAAUUAAAUUCCUUAUUUCUAUAUGAAGUGCUAAUGACGGUAUCCUGAACUCCAGUGAAGUCAUUGUAAAUAAGUUUCAGAGCCCAGAGAACUCAUUGCAAUAGAAAGCAUCUACCUGAGCUGAAAAUCCGCAUAAUUUAUAGUACUCUCUCCAUACAUUGUUGUGAAGUGUAUGACACUUUGAGUAGAUGCAGGUUUGCAAAAGAUUUUAUGUUGUGACAACUACUUAUCAUUUAAAUGACAAGACUAUGGAAUUUUAUUAGGUUAUAAGGUUAAGUUUUAUUCAUUCACUAACUGCUUACUUUAGUCUAUAAUGCUGAUACGUAUAACAAUAAAGUCAAACAGAUCAUGAUAUUUAGGUGAGUCAGUAAAUGCAUAAAUCUUGGUAUAGAACUUUAGAACAUGUAUACGCUUCAUGAUUAUGGAUUUAUAGAUUAAUACAUAUCUGAAGUAUCUCUAAAAACCAAUCCAACUAAAGUAUAUCUACUUUUAUUAGUCCAAUAAUACUUAUUUCAUAGUCGUAAUUCGUGUUCAAAUUUAUAAUGUAAAUAUAUUUGAGUUCGAUUUGAAUCAUUUCUUCAACCAUUUAAUCACAUAUUUGGGCAAAUAUUUUUAUUAACGGUUUGUAUCAACUUGGAUAUUACACCAGGCAAACAGUACACAUAAAAUUUUAUGUUUUUAAUCAGUAUACUGAUUUAUAUUAUUUGUUGAUGAUACAAACAGUUGCUGAUAUAAUCGUGAGAGCUAACAACUGUCACUUUGUUAGUGAAAUAAUGAGUGCAACUGUGUACAGUAUUUUACUAGUGUGCUGUAAUCAAGAAUCAUUUUCUAAGUUAUUAUCUAUUAUACUGAUUGUAGAUUUAUAUCUGUUAUUUGAGAUUUAAAUUUCAACUUUUUAAUAUCCACACAUGAAUAUUCUCGUUCACAAUAGAGCAAAUUUUCUCUUAUCAAUGAAGGAUAGAAUUAAGUCAAUGUUGCAUAUUUGAAGUGUUCGCUUAGACUGUUUUCAGCUUGUAGAUUCAUUAGUUCCAUUCGAAGAACCAUGAAUAGCUACUAUGAUGGCAAGAGCAAAAUUAAACCAUAGUUGAAAUGUGUUUUAAUCUCCAAAAAAUCUUUAAAAAUUCAUUCAUAAGCGCUAGAACCCAUUAACUACAAUUGCCUUGAAAGACAUCAUGAAAAAAUGUUUGCGUUUUUGUUGUCGAAAAAUGCAACAUUGCUGAUUUUCUAAAGUUAUUACAGGAUACAGCGAACUGAAUUUGAUUUCAAACACCAUUUUCUAAAUUUUAAAUAACAAAUCCAUGGAUAAAUUUUCAACAAUUUCAUUUUUAUAAUCAGAGGGGUUUUGUGGAUAUUAUAGUAAUUUAGUAGUUGAAUUUAUGAAUCAAUGGAAGCCAGACCACCAUGGAAAACCUGGAAGCACUGGACGAUCGUUGGAUACCGGUUCAGUGGUCUAGAGGUUAAGCGCUCAUGCGCGAGACUGAUAGGUCCUGGGUUCGAAUCUGGCGGGGCGGGAUUGUGGAUGCGCACUGCUGAGGAGUCCAACAACGGAACGAAACGGCCGUCCAGUGCUUCCAGAUUUCCCAUGAUGAUCUAUCUUUAAUUGACCCAUGAAUUCAACUACUAAAUUUCAUCUCUCAUAGUUCUAGAUAAUCUUAUUGUUCGUAUGUGAUCCACUAAUUGUUGUUCGUCCAACUCUAACAUAACUGAUGGACAUUUUCUUAUAACAUAAAGAGGUUGAAUAAAAUAAGCAAAAUUAAAAUGAAUCAGGGAGAAAACAGAUUUGAGUAAUUAAUGUGUGUGACUCUUAAAGAAAUUGAGAUUUGAAGAAUGAUUAAAUCAUAUGAUUAAGUAAUCUAAUUUUUUUUAAAUUGUUACAAGUGACUACGAUUGGAUGAGUCAAUCACAGUUUAUGCAAAAUUUCCGUUGUUAAAACAAAGGCUUCGAGGUUGGAAUUUAACACCAUAAAAAUAUUUUUUGGAUCUGAGAUUCUGACUGAUUGAUUUGUAAAGUUUGAUUAGAUAAUUAUUUAAAAUUAUCAUCUCAAGGUCAUUUUAUUCGACUUAUCAUUAGAGGGGUCAGCAUUUGUGGAAUGUUUAAAUGAUAUAGCUCGAACAGUCUGAGAUUCUUUAGGAAGUUGUAACUUUGAGAUUAGGGAAAUAAUAUACCUUAUUUAAUUUAUAUCCAUGUUAUCUAGUGCAACGACUAAAGACCCGUUGAUUCGAGUAUUACUGGAAGUAUCAAUUACUUCCAAUUUUCAAACGGUCCAUGCUGAUAUGUGCUGAUUAGCAAAAGAAGUUUGAAAAACAGAUCGUUUCUGAGGAAUGGAAGUGAAAAGUUUAUCAUUAGUGAAAUAGAAAAUCUAAUUAAUACCCGUUCGAGUACAAAUCAGUUUUGCCAUUCGAAAAAACAAACCACAUUGUUUUUUUAAAUUUUUCAAUACUUUCUGCAUGAUGAACUGAGACCUACCACAAAAUCAUUGAAAACUAAGAACUACUUAAACGGUUGUUUGAUAUUUGUUAAACGUAGACAUCUGUGACUCUGGGAAAUGUCAAAUUCAGAUUACAUCUUGUGGCUGGUGUUGAACCGAAAUAUAUAACAGCUCUUAUAUUUACAACUACAGUCAAAUUAUUAUUGAAAAGGGUCCGAAUUAUCCCAUUGUUAAUAUUCAGGAAUGAAUUUGAGUCAAUAUUUUUGGCAUAUGUUAAUUUUAUGAUGUUCGCUCCGAUUUAACCAUCUGGUCACAACUUUUCUUAAAAGCAGAUAGGUUGUGGCUGUCGGUAAGAUCUAGGACGCGCGUCUUGUCGUAUUUGAGUUUCGUCAGCUGGAUUUACCGACAUCCCAGUGUUGAUGUUCAUAUUGAGACCAAAACACGAUAAUUAAAACAUAGUAUUUCACGUUCAUAUUAGCUUUGUGUGGAAAUUCUUAUCAAGACAAUAACUAACUUCAAAUCAAACUUCUCUUUACAAGCUAUUCGAAUGAAUCAGCAGUAUAACGAAUGUAUGAUCAUACUGUCCAUGUCGGCGCCCUGAUACCUAAAACACUGAACUUUCCACCACAUUAUUGUGGGGGGUGAACUCUGUUUCAUCUUAGCCUUAAUUUAACUAGCUGAAUGGUAGUAGUUGUUUUGUAACCUUUACCGAAAUUGUUGCGGAUUAAAGUACAGUACAUAAGAUUUGAAUUUGAUGAGUUGCAUUGAUAUUCCGUCAAUACGGUAAACAAUUAUUUCCUCUUCCCUUUUUAAUAUUAGAAUGGUUACAGUUUUUUUCAUGGAUUCAUUAACUAGAUGAAUAACGUUUUUAUGGGAAAAUUACUCAUUUUUUUUAUUGAGAUCAUGAACCAAUUGCUGUUAGACGACCAUUGAAAACCUGGAAGCACUGGACGGCCGUUUUGUCCUAGUAUGGGACUCCUUAGCAGUGCGCAUCCACGAACCAGGCUCACGAGAUACAAACUCAGUUCCUAUCACGAGCGCUUAACCUCUAGACCACUGAGCCGGCGUCCAACGGUAUUAUUGUUUGACCUCAACCAAUCCACGAAAUUGUAUGACCAUCUUCCAUUGCACUGAAGUAGAUACCUGUCUCUACCCGACACGGAUUAGCUCCACUAGUCACGGCUUAUCACCAGAACUCCGAGAAUUCCCUCAUCAACCUAGUCACUAGUGAGCAUAUGGUACUUAUCAAUCAAUCAAAAACUUGAUAAUCUCCACAACCCUAUUUGGAAAAUUAUUCAUAUUUAAAAUAAUAGUAAUUUCAAAUCACUGUUAUUUAUUCAUUGAAAUUGAUAAUUGUUUUAGUAAAUUGCAAGAAAUCAAUAUUACUGUGAUCAGUAUUUAAUUUAGUUUUGAUCAAUAUGUUCUUGUAAUUUCGUUAUUGUUCAUUGAUUAGUUGAUCAAAAAAUAUCAUAUGGUAGUUAAACAUUUUUGAAUAUUUAACCAAUGAACUCGAAAUGACUUUCACUUUAGUUUGGUCAGCCGGAUCAUGGUAUUACAAAAUGUGAUUUAAAGCCUUCCACAUGUAUUGUACUUGAUCAUUUUGUUUUGCUAAAAGAAAUUAAAAUAAUUCAAGUCAUAUUUUGCAGAGAAACACCGAUUAUUAUCAGUAUAUGGGUUUGUGAGGAUUGUUGAAAUUCUAUAGAGAUCACAAAACUAUUGAAGUUAAAUAUCAGGAAGCAUUGGAGAAAUGUUUCGUUAUAUUAUGAUACUCUUCAAUAGUAUGCGUCCAUGACUUCAUCAGAUAUCGGAUGUUGAACUUACAGACCACUGACCUGGAAUCCAAUUCUGUUAGACAUGUACACUUAGGUCAUUUUAUAUUACCAAAAACACUGAUAAACUGUACUAUUACACUGAAAUAAGAUAUGCAAAACAUUAUUAGGGUUUUAUGUUAAAAUAGCGUGGAAAUCUUAAAAGCAUUAAUAUAUAAUGAAUAGAUGGGGAUGUCUUUUGAGUUACCGUAAAAGUUUGGGAAUUAUCACUUUAUUACUUACUAAGAUAAUACUACAAAUGUGUAGGGUCCACUGAUUAGAUUGCGCUCUGAAAUCAAUAAAUCGGUUAUCUAGUAUUUAGGUCAAUUUGGACUAUCCAAAUAAAUUAGAUUAUGAUAUGAAUGUUCAAUAAAAACUAAUUACUUAUUACAGUGAAAUACAUAUUUAUAAAAAGUUUGCAUUGGCAUUUCCGUUUCACACAGGCCACUUCCUAUAAUCUUGAUUGAGCGUUUAGUAACAAGAAACACAUUUAAACCAAAGUUAAACAAUCAAACCCUGGAUACCGAUGAAAGAUGUUAAAAAAAACGAUGUAAUUCACAAAUUAUUUGUAGUUAGUUUUAUUGGUUGAUUACUAAAUAAUGACGAGUGUUGUGCCUCUCUAUCUCUCAGUGCUAAUGGAAAUUUGUUUAAAACGUUAUAAUAUGGCCUUUAAAACUGAGUCAGUGUACAAACGAACAUUUUACAUGCUUUUAUAGUUCGAUUUUCUCAUGAAAUCUUUGACUAUUCUUUUACUGGAAAGGAGUGUCAAUCUUGAUGGUUGGUGGGCUCUAUCUUCCAAAGCCUAAGCCUUCGUAUACGAGAUCGAAAGUAAUGGGUUCUACUACUGACUAAAGAAUUGCGAAUGCCUACUGUUAAAGAGUCUUAUACUAGUUCGAAAUGAUAUUUCAGUGAUUCCAGGUUUUCAAUGGUGGUCUAACUAAGAUCAAUUCAUUUAGUAAAUGUUGAAAACCAACCAUAUGUGUAGAACGUAAUUUAAACAUUAUUCAAUUUUAAAGCAAAUGUUUACCAGUUUCCAGUGAUUGUCUAUAAUGGGUCCAUAAUGUAAUACUGUGAAAGCAAACAAUCUUCAAAGCUCUUUGUUCUAAUAAAUCGGUUUUAAUCAGAAGAAGCAAAUAUUUUAAUCAUAAUAGUGAAGCAAGUUUUCUAUCCAAUAUAUGAAAACCGUGGAUCAUUUCAGUCACUUAGAUCAUCCACAGCAUUUUGAAUGUUUAGUGUAUGUUUGUGGAGAACAGAUGCAUUAUUGAUAGCAGUUGAAUCCAAAGCGUGUGUUUCUUCCUAUUAGGGACUGACUUAUUAUUUAGUUAACACCUGUAUAGAACUUCAGUAAUGUUAUCUAAAAACUAGUUGCCAAUUAGAACAUAGCUAUUAUUACUGCUACAGUUGUAUCUUUAACCCCGACUAACUAUCAUGUGAUUUAUUCGCCAAUCGAAAUACGACUCAUAGAGUGUUAGCAGUGGAUCAAACCAAUAAUGAGAGCGUCUAUGUACAAACAAUCCCACAUAUAGGAUGAAAUAAUUCAGAACUGAUAAACACAACCACAAACCAGUAAUCACAAUAUAUAAAAUAAUGAUCUGUAAUUGCUUUGAAUAUACGAACGAUUAUUUAGUGGUGGUAGUAAAAUAGAGAAAAUGGGCAGUUAAUACACCAAUGCAGUAUACGAUACUGGAAGCAACUUCACAUAGUCUGAUUAUUUGCAGUUCCGAAUACUAACAGCAGGAAAUUAAUAAACCCUAUUAAAGCUUUCACAACCGUUCAAUAAGUUAUUGUCUACCUUAACCCAGUAGCUCAGUGGAUAAGGUGUUGGCUGUUUAAAAUGAAAUGUACUGGGUUCGAGUUUCUGUGUGAACGUUCAAAAUGGGUUGUAGGUGUAUAAAGUUGACAGGUCUCAAAUACACUAAAAGUUGUAACAUAAUGCUAUCGCGAGGGGAUUCGAUCAAGAUAUUCAGAUGACAACAGAAACUGAUCAAAAUUCAGUCCUGGGUGUCAACGACAAGAAAUCAUAAACCCUCAUCAGUAAUUUCUUAGAUUUAUAUCUUCAAUAUGGAUUAGAUGCUAAUGAUAUUUGUCAUUAACGACAAAGGAACCUCUCCAACUAAAACAUUUAGCGUACAGAACUCAAUAAAACGAAAACAUCCACCUGAGGUGAACAUAUCUUCCACCAGUUCUAUAUCCUACUAUUCAUGUUCGUAAGUACAUAUAUUUUUUUGUUUGUGUAUAAUUCAAAGAAAGACUGAGAACGACUGAAUGAAAACGAGAUGUCUAACUAUGCAGUAAAAAAUUCUGUAUUAUUUCCUAUAGUUUCUAUUCUGUGAAAUAAUUUCUCCACAGUUUAAAAUACAAUUAGUCAUGAUAACGCAUCAUGUUGAAUUCAAUAAAAAAACCACAACAUUGAAUUGAUAGUAAUAUCUUGUUUGAAAUUGGAACGUUUCUCAACCAAAACACAGCUCAUUGCAUAUUUUUGAAUUUCAUGAUAGUUAUCUGCUACCUGUAAAAGUUGUUAACAAUAUUAUAUAUAGUAGACCAUCUUCAGCGAAAUAACUUUUGACAACACGAAAGUUCUACACAACUAUUUGGUUUCUCAAUCAUGACUUCCAGACCUAGAAGAAAAUGUGUUGCCAUUUUAAUCACUGGUUUGUUAACCAAUAAUUCGUACUUUCGACUUUACUCAAUUUAUAUUAUUAUUUACUAUAUGAUUAGGUAUCGGGGAAAAUCUAUUGAUUUACUGACUUAAACUCAUGCUAUUUACGCGAUCGCUAUUAUUCAUGUUAUUUCUUUAGCAACAUUAUAUGUCCCAAGACACAUUUACUGGUUAUAUGGUGCAACAUUUACACCAAGGGGGCAAUUUCAUCGAAUAAUGGCUGGUUGUGGGAUGGAAUUAUACAGUGUAGGAUUGAGUCAUCCAAUAAAUGUAGCAGGUGUAUUCAUUGGUUUCACUUUAGCCUCACCAUAUUUAAGAACAUGGCCAUAUAUUUUAUCUGGAUUAAUGAAUUCAUCAGAAAUUAAUGUAUUCAAUCCUUUAUAUUGGAUCGAUAGACCUAUAUUAGAUCAUAUUGGCUGUUUAUUAUAUAUACUACCAUCUUCAAUACGUUGGGGCAGUACAGUUAUUGUUAAUUCGUUUCAACAAUAUCCUUGGUUACUAGCAAAUCCACUGGAACCAUCAUCAUCAGCAGCAGCAUUAUCAUAAAGAAGAUACGAAUGAAUAGAUGAAUUUAAAUAUGCCUUUAGUUCAGAAAAGUACCGUUCUUGUACACAUCAAUAUAUCCUCAAAACACUUUGAAUAUCACACUUAAAUAUACAUUUUAAACAUUCUAUCUAAAUAUAUUACUACGGUAAGACUAUGAUUUAUGGACGAGCCAAUCAGGUAUAAGAUAACAGGCCUCGGAUUUUGGCGCGAAAUUCACUCAUCCAUCUGACCAAAUAGAGUCUUGGCAUUAUAGCUGAUGUCAGUUCAUGAUGAAAAACCGUAAAUGUAAUUCCUAACCCUAACGAUUAAUCCUUAUUCUUCAAACUGCUUUAUAACCUUCAUUUAUCCCUAGUAAGUAGGUAGACACUCAUAAGGUCACCUUGGCGUCGCUCAAAAAUCGUCCAUAAAUUAUAAUCUCACCAUUACUACUGCAUAAACAAGUUUCUUACCUACUUCAUUCAUUCUUUUUUUAGCAAUAAAAUUUUUUUGUAUUUAUACUUUUCAGUUGUUUUUUUUCUGAAAAUUCAAUAUUCACAUUCAUUUAUUGUUUUAAUGGUGAUAUCUAAUUGUGGAGCACUUUUCAUUUUAUUUGGUUAAUGAUUUAAUGUUAUUUAUUAGAUUUUUUUGUUUGAUUUUCAUACAGAAAUAUAUGCUCUUUUAAUUAUUUUCUUUAUUCAGAAUUCUUUUCUUUUACAUUUCUACUGUGAUAUGAAGUUGUUCUUUUUGUUUUUUUAAGCGCGAAAAGACGGGAAAACAUAAAUGAUAAAUAAAUCAUAAAUAAUUAACAAUAGUACAACAUCAAAGUCAUUAUUGUCAUCUAUAUCACGAAUAAACAAACAAUAACAGCAAUUAAUCUUCUAGUCAGUCAUUGUGAAACAAGCAUGUGAUGUAAAUGACAGUACGUGUGUUUCAUGAUGUAAUUGUUGACAUUCGUUUUUUGGGUAUUAUCAUACUUCUUGUUGUUGUUAUUAUUAUUAUUGUUAUUUGUUUUAAAACACUGUAGAGUAAUUGAGAAAGAAUGAACACCUUCAACUUUACACACACAGUACCAGAGAAUAAUUGAGAUUGCUAGUAGAAGGCAUUUGUUUUAUUAAUUGCACAAUUAUUGUUAUUACUAUCUUGUAUUAUUUGUUAGAUUCAUUUAAAAAUAUAAUUAAGUACACCUUCUUGUUUAUUUUUUUAUUCGGAUGCAAGAAAAGCAGUAUGUAUUUUCGGCUAAAAAGUUUUGUUCUUGUUUGAUUUUGAGUAUGUUUGUUGAAGUGUAGAAUACGUUUGUGGUUAUGGAUGUGUGAAGUAUUUACAAAAUCUCGUACUAAGUCAGACAGCCAGUCAUCCAUAACUAACGUAGAACCGAAUAGCUAUCCACAUCGGUUCAAGUUGCUACAUUACGUCAGCACAAUCAGAUAGUUAGGUCACCCUUAGCUCUCAAGCCUACUCCCACACGUCAGCCAAUAUAACCAACCAUAAGUCAACAGCUAUCAAUGGUCCUUGAUCAAUCAAACUCGAUCAACACUAGGGAAUAGUAUGAUGUUUAUUACUACUGAAUGAUCAAAUAGUAUUGGUUGGAAUCCCAAAUGCUAAAAUUUGACAGUCGGUUCAUGAUUGAGUCUAAUUAAAAACGUAAGGAACAAAAGUAGAUUUAAGAUAAAUUAAAUACGAAUAGCAUCUAGGCGUAGUAAACAUUAAACUUGUAAUAUGAAUGAUUCAUUUAUCCUAAUAAGUUAUCUAAAUUAACUAUCGUCCAUAUUCUUCAACUUUACACUUCUGAUGAAUGUAUCUUAUUGUGAAUAAAAAGGACCAUAUGAACAGUUGAGAUCUACAUAUAAGUGGAUAACGCAGUGGCAUUUGAAGUGAAUGGUGCUGCUUUCGAGUCAAAGAGUAAAUAUCAACUCUGAAAUUCAAGUACAUCUAGCUGACGAGUCUUAAGUAAAAAUAAACGCAUAUCUUGGAUUCCACUGCUAUCCAUUACUCAUCUCUAUAAUGCAAUAUUGAGACAAUCCUCACAGAAUGCCCAUAUGUCAAAAGAGACCGAUUUAAUCCAGUUCUAGAGCCUAAGUGGAAGAUUCAAACAAGCGAUGCAAAUCAAUUAAAUAAAUAUUUACUUACUUAAAUCAACAAAGACUGAGAAGUCGGAUGAAAACUUUUGGGGUAGACAAAUCAGUGAAUUAAUCAAUAAAAUUAUUUAUUACUAGUCUGAGCCAUAUCAAUAGGUGCAAACUUCUUGUUUGAAACCUAUCCAGUAGUCGUAAUAUAUGGCUAUAGACUUUGAAGGGAAUGUUCCAAAAGUGAUCACAACAACUCAUUGGCCUUCAUUCUCUAUCAUUCUCUAAACCUUGAAGUUAGUGUCAAUCCUAAUUUUACGUUCUUCAUUAUCGUUUAUUCUGAUCAAAUUGGAUUUUUAGAUUUUUAUUUCAUUCAAGAUUACAUUAUUCCCCUCCCCCUAUUUCCCAUUUUGUUAGUUAUUUUCUCACUUUGCUGAUGUAGCAACAGGCACCAAUAACACAUUCUUAUGGGGUCACAUAUUGACUGCAACUUAACUGAGUUUUAAUGAUCAAAGUGCUAUUUUAAUAUAAUACAUGCAUUAUAUCUAUCAGCAGAACUCGUAAUGUGUAUUUCAUCCUAUGCGCGAGUGGUCACUGGGGUUUAUCCGCAUGCGUGUUGUUGUUGGCACUGAGACUCGAACCUAGUACCUUUCGCUCCAAAUCCCAACCCCUUAUCCAUUAAGCUACUGAGUCCAGGAGAAACACCGAGUUUGAGUCCUAAUGCAUAUAUCAACACGGGUGAAGAUACAUUCGACUGGCGAAUUCCGGAUAGGAAAAAACCAGCAUUGUUGAUCCUGCUGUUAGCUAUUAUCCAUCUAUUAAAAGAAAUCUUGUGACAGAAUUGCCAUAUUGUGGCAAUCCACGCAGAAGAAAUACGUGCCAGCAAAACUGAUCGAAAUUCAACCAUGAUUGAUAAUAAUAUGGCUAAUUUUAUUUAAAAGCUAUCUAUCGUUCUAUACCUCUAUAUUACAAGACCAGCGUAAUCGUCUAAAAGACUUAGCAGUUGAUUAUGUUAAUCAGUUAAUCAGAUGAUUACUUAAGAAUAUUAGUAGUAUAGGUAUUGGCAAUGGUUCGUGAUUUCCGGUUGUUGAUAUUUAGGGGUAUAACUGAUCAACAACAGCUUUCAUCAUACUUCUAAACGACAUCAUCAGCACGAACUUCAAGUAGAAGUGAAUUGUUCGAAUUUCUCCACAUAUGACUCAUAGCUUGUCCAGUAGACCUCGAUCUUGAUUGGUUAUUGUUGACCUUUAAUCUGUCACUGUUUACUUUCUUAUUUUGAUUACAUAUCCCAUUGAUUUGAUUCUUAUAUAUUCUUAUUUCUAUAUUUGUUCAUAAUUUUACUGAUUGGUUGAUAAAUUGGAUCGAUCUCAACGUACUUGUUGAUUGCUGAUUGACCUGGGUGCAAAGCUUCUAAAAGGUUUCUGGUGCUUUUAGAAUUCUUUCUAUACAAGAUCUCAACAUUUUCCCAGUAGACUGUGUGUCCACAGUUGUCCACCUGCAUUGGUAUAAGCAAGGAUAUGUGAUGGUGUUUGACCGCUAAUUGAUGUUCAUGAAGGCGAAGAUGAAGGGGGUGUCCACUUUGUCCGAUGUAGUGUUUUUCGGAGUUGGGAGAAUUUAAUUUGCAAAUGACGUUCGGUUUUUAUUCUUUUUACAUUUCGUUCUUUUGUUUGCAUAGGAUUGAUUGAAGUGAUUUUGUUGGUUUACGUGUCACACCUAUUUCAAAUGGAUUCAACAAUCUCGUUGUAAUUUCUGAUAUACCUUUUAUAUAUGUGGUAGAAUGAUCCGUUUGUUGGUUUCUGUACCUGAUUUUGUUUCUGCAGUCUUUCUUUUGAAAGAUAGUCUUCAGGUAUUUUUCUUCACUUUUCCGCACUGCAAGUGUGUUGCAGUGUUUUGUCGCCCUUAUGAAUAAAGUUUGUAUGACGUUGAUUUUGUGAGUCCUUGGAUUGUUGCUAUUGUAAUUGAGAAUUUGAUCUGUACGGGUUGGCUUCCGAUAUACUUGAGUCUCCAGUUUUCCUGUGUCAGUCCUGGUUAUUAAUACAUCCAAGAAUGACAUUUUAUCGUUUGAUUCCUGUUCCAUUGUGAACCUUAUGUCAUCGAAGGCAUUGUUGAUCAGAAUGUAGAUGUUUUCCAGCUCGUCCUUUUUGACGAUGGCGAAUGUGUUGUCUACAUAACGAAUCCAAACUUUUGGCUUGAUCACUGGUAAGAUCGAGGUUUCCAGCCACUGAUUCUGUAAUAAGUCCUGAUAUUGGUGAUACCAUCGAUGAGACAUAAUUAUUCGUAUGAAACUUCUAACUCAAAGCUAUAUUUAGUUUCACUCUAAUUAUUUCUAUUGAAGGAAAGGCAAUGGCAGUAGUCUUGGUUGAUUCCUAUUUUGAAAGUCUAUAAUACAUCUUUAUUCUCUUAUUCAUUAACUUGCUCACUAACUUGUGGUUUAAACUGUUUUUACUAUUAAGUCCUUUACUUGAUUACGGCAGACUACGAUGUACGACUAACGGCACGUGAAUGUGUAAAACCUCGCGGUCGCAAAAUCAGAAGCCAGAAGAAACAACGGAGGUAAUUAUUGGGCAAAUGAAACAAGGAACAUUGGUGAACGAAGAUUCUAUAAUUAAAUUCAAAUCUAUUUCAACGUUUGUACACUACAUGAAUAUCAAGUGUCCAAUGCCUGGUUAUUAUGAACAUGAUUGGUCUAAAAUUUAGCUUUGAACAGAUAUACGAGAAAAGAAUCGUCAGCAUCGGGGGCUGUGGAAUCAUAUUAAGAUGUAACUUAGAUCAGUUCUUAAUCACGAAAACAAGUUACCAAAACAACUUGCUUAAAUGAGAGUAGACAUCUCACCUACCCUUAAACUGACUUGGUACUGUUUCUUUCUACGUGUAUCCAAAAGCAUCAUUCAGAAACAAGUUCGAAAAUUUAAUUUAGCACAAUUCUCAAUAAAUCCCAAUGUUUAUGAUUCUACCAUGGAAUCAAAUAUAUAAUUUUUAAACCAAAUUCAACUACUUGUUAGUAGUAUGGGAUAUUCAUGAAAAUCGUAGUAUUUACACGGUUGAAAUCACAAAUCGAUUUAAACUAGACCACUAUUGAAAGCCCGGAAACAUUAGUCGGGUGUGAGACAGUUAUUCACCUCAGGAAAUGGAUGAAGGGUCAUGCGAUAUCGUAAAUUGAUUAGAGCCACACAUUAACAUCGUUUGAUGCUGGCUCAGUGGUCCAGAGGUUAGGCGUUCGCGAGUGAGACCGAAGGUCCUGUGUUCGAGUCCCACGUGCGUAGUCAUGGAUUCAGGCUACUUGUCAGUAGCUAAUUUCUGUCACCAAAACUAAAAAAUCUGCUAAUAUUCUUACUAAAUUGAAUGUACAGAAAGUGCACUAGAAACAUAUGAUGUGCGUUUGAAAUAAUUAGUCCAAUUUCAAUAUUUAUUAAGGUAGAUAAGACGAAUUAUGAAGUUAACUUAUAUCAAAAUAGAUAUGGAUGGGAACAGUAAAACAAUUAUGAACGGAAAACUCUCUAGGCAAUUCAACAGCAUGUGAACAAUGUGUGUAUGCUCUGAAUACGUCGUUUGAAACUAUCAGGAAGAAAAUUUCAAGCGAUAAAGUAAUGUCAGUCAGACAACAAAUAUAGAUCUUUGGUGUUUAUG